AUGGCUGCACCAACAGGAGCAGCGUUGAUAGCCAAAACUCUCCAGGAAUUGCGAGUGAAGGUCGUCUUCGGUCUCGUUGGGAUUCCUAUAGUGCAAAUUGCUGAAGAGGCAAUUGCCCUUGGGAUCCGGUUCAUUGCAUUCCGCAAUGAGCAAGCUGCGAGCUAUGCAGCCACAGCAUACGGCUAUUUGACCGGCAGACCAGGAGUUUGUCUAGUUGUAGGAGGCCCUGGAGUACUUCAUGCUAUGGCUGGCAUUGGCAAUGCCUCUGCAAAUGCCUUCCCUUUACUCCUGCUGGCUGGCUCCAGUGAAACCCAUUUGGUGACGAAGGGGGCUUUUCAAGAAAUGGAUGCCAUAUCCCUCUUGACACCGCAUGUCAAGAUCGCUAUUAGGCCCCGCCUCGACUCGAUACCACAGUCAAUUACAACUGCAUACAGAACAUCAUGGUACGGAAGAGGGGGUCCAACAUUUGUGGACUUGCCAGCAGAUGUGAUACAAGGGGACGGAGAGGAGACAAGCACGCAUGUUGUGCCGAUUGCCCCAAAAGCAGCCUCAGAUCCCGCCAAGAUUCAACUCAUCUCAGAUCUCAUCAAGUCCGCAAAGGCUCCCCUGGUUAUUGUUGGAAAGGGGGCCGCAUAUGCCCAAGCAGAGGCUGCAAUUCGAAAAUUGAUGGACCAGACCGGCAUCCCAUUCUUACCCACACCUAUGGGAAAAGGCGUUCUCCCCGAUUCCCACCCCUCCAACACCGCCUCAGCAAGAUCUGCAGCUCUGAAAAGAGCGGAUGUGGUCUUGGUGCUUGGAGCAAGACUGAAUUGGAUCCUCCAUUACGGCGAAGAGCCAAAAUGGAAUCCAGCAGCAAGGAUAAUCCAGGUUGAUAUUUCAGCAGAAGAACUCGGACGCAAUAACGGUGACCCCUCUCUCGGAGUAAUAGGAGACAUCAACGUCGUAACAGCCCAACUCCUCUCUUCCCUCUCAGGAUGGAAAUACAAUUCCUCCUCCCCUUUCAUCAAGACCCUCAAAGCCAGCGAGGCCAAAAACGAAGCCACCGCCUCAAAAGCAGCAAAAGUAGAUAAAAUCCCCAUGACCUACGCACGAACGUUUUCCAUCAUCAAGGAAACACUUCACAAACUCUCACCUCCCGAAGACGGCGGCAUAGUCUACGUCUCCGAAGGCGCAAACACCAUGGACAUGUCGCGUUCCAUUUUCCCUGUACAUCACCCACGUCUACGUCUCGAUGCAGGAACACACGCCACCAUGGGUGUAGGACUUGGCUACGCCAUUGCAGCACACUGUGCUUACAACCUCCCUUCUCCUGAAGCUAAAUCAGGCCCAAGUACAGCACACAAGAAAAUCGUCUGUCUAGAAGGGGACUCCGCAUUCGGCUUCUCCCUCGCGGAAGUUGAAACCAUGGCGCGCUACGGGAUGGACAUCCUGAUCUUCGUCAUCAACAACAGCGGUGUGUACCACGGCGAUUCCGAAGAUUCAGAUGCCUGGCUCGAAAUGCAGAAACAGACGAUUGCGGGAAGCGGCAAGGGAGGGUUGCGGAGCUCUAGUCUAGGCUGGGAGGUAGGGUAUGAGAAGAUUGCGGAGAUGUGUGGUGGUAAGGGAUACCUCGUGAGCACGCCAGAGGGGUUGGCUCGGGCUACGGAGGAGGGGUUUAAGGCGGGGGUCCCGGUCGUGGUCAAUGCUAUUAUUGAGUCAGGGAAAGCACAGAAAUUGGAAUUCGCAUGGCAAAAUACAGGCAAAAAACCCAAGAGAAAGGAAGCCAAGCUUUGA